AUUUCUUGUGCAUUUAGAUUUAAGCCUUUGAUCUUUCAAAUCAGUCUGCAUUAUGUCAAACCAACCCGCACCAACUCGACCUUGGUUUCGAUUGACAUCCAUAUCAAGGUCACCACCCCAAGAACCCGCUCCAGCUCCGCCACGACCAGCCACUCUUGGACCUGCAUUCAGGCCUCCACCAACUCUAGCUACUCAACCAAAUGCCGCUGCUUCACCACCAGCAGCUGGUGGUGUUUCUUCGGUUACAACAUCCCCUGUUGGUAGAGCUUCUCAACCUUCUUCCCCUGCCGAUGAAAAACCUACAACUUCCACAAUGGCUCCUGCUACUGUCAAGACUUCUUCAGUGCCAGGUUCCCCAGUGAAGACUGUGUCAACUACUUCUCCAGCCAAGCCAACCACCACGGAAAUUUCUCCUGCCAAGAAUGCCCCAACUACAACACCAGUUACAAGUUCCCUAACCCAAAAAUCUGCCUCCCCUGUGACUACCACGUCUCGAAUGCCUAGCCCCAAAGCAUCAACAACAACUGCAGUCAAACCUGCAAUACAAAAUCAAAUUCAAUCACCGAAGACCAAACUGCCAACUGCUCGACCAACUUCGCCUUUAACUCUCCCACUUUCCCAGAUGAAAGCUCAAGCAGAGCGUGAAAACAAGAUCCCUGCUGAGGCCGACCAAAAGACCGUGCUCGUUCAAAAGAUGAUUGACAAGCCAAAGGGAUGGCUAUUUGGUGACACUCGUAAGCCUAGCAUUCUGCUGAAUGGACACAAAGAACCAUUCAAGGAAGGUGAGACAAAGGAGAAAGGUCGUGGGAAUAAGUAUUCUUCUGAUUCUGAAGAUGCUGGCAUGAGGAUCAUAACAAUUACUGGUGAUAAUAAAGGUGCUUUCAUGAAGAUAUUCCAAUCACCCCAUAAAAAUGUGUUUCAGGGCCAAAAGAAGGUCAAUUCUUCUAGCGGCAGCGGUGAGGCAGCUGAUGGCAAGAUGAAGUUAAAAAGAAACUUAUCAAAGACAAUGCGUACGAAUGCAUUCAUUAACAGCAAUGUGCAAGGGAUUAAUAACUCAAUUGUCUACAAUUCUUCAUGCACUCAGCAUGACCCUGGUGUGCACCUUGCUCUCAACACUAAACCAACCCCUGGCGGAUUCCAUGUCAAGGAACACACCAAUGGCUACAACAGCUAGAGAGAAAGCAAAACAUCAAAGUAAAGGGGUUUCAAGUAGUUUUGUUUGUUUGAAUUAAUUUAGAUUACAACAUUUAAAAUGUUUUUGAAAACAAAUUAUACUAUGUGUGAGUUGUUUGAGUGGAGAAAGGGUAGAUGGGUUCGGGUUCUUCGAUACCACUCUUCAAGGUGUCUAACUGAAGACAAUCCAAGUCCAGGUCCUUUAGAGUUUAGAAUUACGGGAAUAUAAAUAUGCUAAAUUUGGAGUGUGAUAAUAAUGGCGGAUAAAACCAUUGUGUUUGCAAUUGGCCUUGACAUAUCCUUCAAAAUUUCUUUGGCAAA